AUGGACGAGGAGAGACCGGGUCCAUCCCGUCUGAAUUACGAGGCCCGCAUCCAGAGGCUGGAGGCCCGCCUCACAACUAUUGAGCGCUCCCACGCUAUGCUUGAGAAAAAGUGCCGGUCCCUCCAGGUUGCCUCGGCUCGCGUGGCCCCCACCUCUGCUCAGAAGGGCGAGCAUGUGGAUAAGCUCCGGAACCCUGACUUACUGGAUGGUAAGCCCAAAGACAUCCACAACGCCAAGCAGUCAGCCAGCCACUCCCUGCGGUUUUGCCGCUACAUGGCCCAGGGAGUGCCGGUUGACACCCUGAGGAGCCUCAGGUUCCUCAACCGGAUGGACCACCUGCGUGGUUACCCGACGUACCUGGCCCAAAAGGGGUACAAAAGCACGACGGUCAAAAACAUGCUUACCAACGUCAUCAUGUUUUUGCGCCAGGUGGGCAAGCGCUUCCCGCGCAAGACCCGCCUGAGGCCCGCUGAAGCCACUAACAUCGAGUACAAGCUUCAGCGGAUCCAGCGGGACAUACAGCGGGAAGUGCUUAUCCACAGGCAAAAGGUUCUGAAGAAAAAGUCAGCCGACCAGCUGGACGCCAGCCAGUGUGUGACUUUUUUGGGCAGGGCCAAAACAGCCAUUUGCGAAAUUCUCGGCCGAGAGGAUCCUGAGGAAGUGCAUGGCCUGGGCAUGGGCUACAUCCUCUGCUACCUGGCCAUCCUCACAGGCCACCGGGCGGUGGUCUUCACCAACACCACCAAGGAGUCGGUGGAAAAUGCCGACUCCUGGAAGUCAGGAACCCGGUUCCAAGUGUUGGCGUCUAUCCUGCUCGAUCGGCAGGAGUUCGACUGGCUCCGCCUCCUGGCCACCGGCUCCUUUUGCAAGGAGGAGUGCAGCGGGGCCAAUUUCCUUUUUCAUAGUAGUUCUGGGGCCCAGCUGAAGCACGGCUCAGAAUUGAUUAAUAGGGCCUGGUCAGCGGCCGGACUGAAAGGCACGAUCACUUUCAACAAGGUCCGGAGCAGCGUGGCCACACAGGCCAAUGACCAGCUCACAGAAAAGGAGCGGCGGAGGGUGGCCAGGGCCAUGUGCCAUGACCCUGCCACGGCCUCCAAAUUCUAUGUUGCCCUCCCCAACGGGGAGAGGCAAUACCAGGACAGGCUCCUUAGAAUGAAGGCCCUCUGUCUGGCCUCCAACACCAGGCCAGACAGGCACACCAGGCCAGCCGUGUCCAGCAGCUCAGAGUCAGAGGGACCUGAGCCGGUGUACCAGGACUCGCCCGACUCCUCUGGCUCUGAGCUUGCCAGCCCUGAGCCAGACCCCUCCAGCCCAGUGGACGACCCCUCCAGCCCUGAGCCGGACCGCUCCAACCCAGAGCAGGAGCCAGAGCCGGAGCCAGAGCCUGAGGCUGAGGUCGAACUUUUGAGCCCCGAAUACGAGCCAUUGACCCCACCGCCUCAGCCCUCGACCGCCGACCGCCAGCCCUGGACCCCGGUAUGGGACGUUUCCAGUCCUGUCCCUGCAUCGAGGAAGCGGCGUCGCAUGCUGUUCCCGGCAGACGAGGAGGACGAGGAGCCUCGCGCUCUACCUGAGGACAUGCCACGGAUAAAGCAAUACAAAGUGGACGUAGACAGGCUGCCACGUGGAUUCCUUCUCUACUACGCCACGGUCAAAAGAGAUUACCCUGUUUAA